UCUUACCUCAAUUUGCAACUCAUCUUUAUAAAUCCAAACCGACCCGGAAAGAACGAGAGAGAACCAACGGUGGUGAUAGACCGAAUCCCAACCCCAAGCUCCCAUCUCAGUCGUCUCCUCUCCCCACUUUUCCAGCGUCCGAUCUCCUCGAUCCCCUUCGCUCGCGCCCAUAUACAAAUUCUCACUCUCUAAUUUUCAGGGUUCGUCUGCCUGUGGUUAUGGCCGACGGUCAGGUGCCGUUUCCCUUUCCGGGAAGCCCUGGCGGCGGUAGCCAUGAUAGCGGGGACCACAGCCCCGGCUCCAAGUCGAAUGUUCGGGAGCAGGAUAAGUUCCUUCCCAUCGCGAAUAUCAGCCGGAUCAUGAAGAAGGCCCUUCCGGCUAACGGCAAAAUUGCUAAGGAUGCCAAGGAGACCGUCCAGGAGUGUGUUUCCGAGUUCAUUAGCUUCGUUACCAGCGAGGCAAGCGACAAAUGCCAAAAGGAGAAAAGGAAAACUAUCAACGGUGAUGAUCUGCUAUGGUCAAUGGCGACUUUAGGAUUUGAAGAUUAUAUCGAGCCUCUGAAGGUGUAUCUCACUCGAUACAGAGAGAUGGAGGUUAGUCACUUUUGCUUUGCAUUCCAGCUUUCAUUUCUCUCUCCCAAACUCCCACCCUCUCUCUCCCUCUUAAUAUAUUUCAUUAGCGCUAAACAACUACUUUAAUUGGUAGGGUGAUACAAAGGGAUCCGCCAAGGCUGCUGAUAGCUCUGCUAGAGAUGCUGGACAACAUAAUCCUAACUUACAGGGACAACAUAUGGUGGUUCCAAUGCGAGGUAUGGAGUAGAUAUGGUUCUUCUUGGGGUUUUGACAUCACUCUUUGCCAACAGGUUGAACUGAAUAGACUUCAGAAUACGCAUUCUAAAUAUAUUUUAUCUGCAGAUCUUUACCACUCUUAUUGGGGAUUAUUAUUAAAGCCCUUGUAGCAGUAGAAAGUAGUCCAUGAUUAUUACUCGGUAAAUGUAUUAGUGUGCAAUGAUUUAUUACCCGGCAUUUGUUUAGUCAUUUUAUUGCAAUGAAACCAAAUUAAGUUAUGUUUCUACUUUCUACAGAUAUUAAGUUUAUGUUUAUUGCUUUUCCUAUAAAUGAG